AUGGCAGGCACUUAACCACUAUGCUUACCGUGAUGCAGUGUUCCUCGCAGAAAGAUUAUAUGCAGAAGGCUCGCAGAAGGAGAGCAGAUCUUGUCUGGUGGAGUGUUGAAUAAACAGAAAAGCCAUGAUGACAUUGUUACGGAGUUUGGAGACUCUGCAUGCUUUACACUCUCCUUACUGGGACAUGUCUAUUGCAAGACGGAUCGGCUUGCCAAAGGAUCAGAAUGUUACCAAAAGAGCCUUAGUUUAAAUCCUUUCCUCUGGUCCCCUUUUGAAUCACUAUGUGAAAUAGGUGAAAAACCAGACCCUGACCAAACAUUUAAGUUAACAUCUUUACAAAACUUCAGCAGCUGCCUGCCUAACACUUGCACAACAUUGGUAUCUAAUCACAACAUAUCCCACAGACAGCCUGAGACUGUCCUUAUGGAAACGCCACAAGACACAAUUGAGUUGAAUAGGCUCAACUUGGAAUCCUCCAAUUCAAAAUAUUCCUCCCUGAACACAGAUUCCUCCAUGUCUUACAUUGACUCAGCUGUAAUUUCACCAGAUGCUGUCCCUCUUGGAUCAGGAACUGCCAUAUUGUCUAAACAGGCUCAAAAUAAACCAAAAACUGGACGGAGUUUGCUGGGGGGACCUGCAGCUUUGAGCCCCCUAACUCCCAGCUUUGGAAUCUUGCCGCUAGAAACCCCAAGCCCUGGUGAUGGAUCCUAUUUGCAAAACUACACAAACUCCUCUUCUGUGAUUGAUGUGCCAUCUACAGGAGCACCUUCGAAGAAGACUGUCACCAGGAUAAGCCAAGCUGGAACGAAAUCUGUCUUCUCACAAAGUGGAAAUAGCCGGGAAGUCACUCCAAUCCUUGUUGCACAAACACAGAGCUCUGGCCCGCAGACAAGUACAACACCUCAGGUAUUGAGCCCAACAAUUGCUGCUCCACCAAAUGCACUGCCUCGGAGAAGCUCUCGCCUGUUUACUAGUGAUAGCUCUACCACAAAGGAAAAUAGCAAAAAAUUAAAAAUGAAAUUUCCACCUAAGAUUCCAAACAGAAAAACAAAAAGUAAAACAAAUAAGGGAGGAAUAACUCAACCGAACAUAAAUGAUAGUCUGGAAAUUACCAAACUGGACUCUUCCAUCAUUUCAGAAGGGAAAAUUUCCACUGUCACACCACAGAUUCAGGCUUUUACGCUACAGAAGGCAGCAGCAGAAGGUUUGAUGAGCCUUCUUCGUGACAUGGGGAAAGGUUAUUUAGCCCUGUGUUCAUACAAUUGUAAAGAAGCGAUAAAUAUUUUAAGCCAUUUACCAUCUCACCACUACAACACCGGUUGGGUACUGUGCCAAAUUGGGAGAGCUUACUUCGAACUUGCAGAAUAUAUGCAGGCUGAGAGGAUAUUCUCGGAAGUAAGGAGGAUUGAAAACUACAGAGUAGAAGGCAUGGAGAUCUAUUCCACCACGCUGUGGCAUCUGCAGAAAGAUGUUGCCCUUUCAGUCCUCUCAAAGGAUUUGACAGAUAUGGACAAAAACUCACCAGAGGCGUGGUGUGCUGCAGGAAACUGUUUCAGCUUGCAACGAGAGCAUGACAUUGCAAUCAAGUUCUUCCAGAGAGCCAUUCAAGUUGAUCCAAACUAUGCUUAUGCCUACACCCUGUUGGGGCAUGAAUUUGUGUUAACAGAAGAACUAGACAAAGCAUUAGCUUGUUUUAGAAAUGCAAUCAGAGUCAACCCUAGACACUAUAAUGCAUGGUAUGGGUUGGGUAUGAUUUAUUACAAACAGGAAAAAUUCAGUCUCGCAGAAAUGCAUUUCCAGAAAGCACUUGAUAUCAAUCCUCAGAGCUCAGUCUUGCUGUGUCACAUUGGAGUAGUUCAGCAUGCUCUGAAAAAAUCUGAAAAGGCUUUGGAUACUUUAAACAAGGCUAUUAACAUUGACCCCAAGAACCCACUAUGCAAAUUCCAUAGAGCUUCUGUAUUAUUUGCAAAUGAAAAAUACAAGUCUGCUUUACAAGAACUUGAAGAACUGAAACAGAUUGUUCCCAAAGAGUCUCUUGUUUACUUUUUAAUAGGAAAGGUUUAUAAAAAACUGGGUCAAACUCAUUUGGCCCUAAUGAAUUUCUCGUGGGCGAUGGAUUUAGAUCCCAAAGGAGCCAACAACCAGAUUAAGGAGGCCAUUGAUAAACGUUACCUUCCAGAUGAUGAGGAACCAAUAACUCAAGAAGAACAAAUCAGCGAAUGUUAUCCAUAUGAAUCAGUUGGCACAGACGAAUCCCAAGAGAGCAGCAUGACGGAUGCAGAUGACACACAGCUCCAUGCGGUUGAAAGUGAUGAAUUUUAACCUCCAGAAGCCAGCGUCUGGGCUUGAGGGUGUGACUUGGUUCUGUUGUGUUCUCCCCUUCCUUUGCAUCCUGGGUCUUCACAUCACUGAGCCAGCACUGUCGUCAUUCUCCGCUGACACCAUGAGUACACCGCUCAGACUGAAACUGUACACAGAAUUAAUGGCAGUGCAAUAUUCAGCUGCUACUGAGUCUGACUAGUUGGCUCUUACACACUUAUGGAAAUGACUGAGGAGGAAAUGCUAUUUUUGGACUCCCCUUCGCUGGAAGAAGAUCAUGGAAGAAAGACUUGUGGUUUGCUGUAACGGAGCCAGUAGAUGUGGGGAUAGUACUAAUGAAGCAGUGUCUUGUUCUUUUUCCAGAAACGUGUCUUAGUUUGGUUCUUUCUUGUUAAGCAGAGUGCUGAACUUCAUUUCCGAGUUCUUCAAGGACAAUGUUGACAAAUGCAGGCUGUUAAAGACUUUUGCAUAUUGUAGUGUAACUUAAAUGCCAGGGAAUGUAAAUGACCUUAAAGCUGCAGUGUCUCCACGUGAACAAACAUAAUGCACAUGCUCAGGACUGGGAGUAUGUCAGACUACAUGAAAUAUCCAGUGUCCCUACUUAGAGUGCAAACUUGCAGGAGUGUAAACGUAGCAGGAGAAUCGCAUUGGAGAAUCACAGCUUUCACAGAAUGCUUUCAUGUUCUAACCAAGAAUUAACUUAUUCACCUAGUUUCUAAAAUGUCAGUGUUUACUUUGUACUCCAAACAAACAAGUCAGCAAUAUGUUGCUUUGUUUUUCGUAUACCCCUUGAUUUGUUCUUCUCCUUCUAAGAAUAAAAGUUAAUAAAGGGAAAAUCAAGAGAGAAAUGUAGAUAGAACUGUAAUGUGGAAACAUCAAACCUUUAAUCCGUGAUGAUUGCAUGUUUCUAGUUAAAUAAACUUGGAAGACCAUGGAAGCCUUAAUACAAUCCGAACCUUACAGUCAAAUUCAUCAAAUAUGUGUCUAAGAUAGCAUCCUUUUUAAAACUAUUUUCUAAAGCGUGGUCGGAGCAGGAUGCAAAAAUGUGCAAUUAUCUUUCUUUUGUGCUCUUUUCCUCUCCUUCUUUCUUAGCUGUUCUUUUAAGAUUCUCGGAGUACCUUCUCACUCUAGGAAUUGAGACCUUUUUUCCUCUCCACAGAAGCUGUUUCUGUGAGAAGAAAGCUACACCAUGUUAAGGAGUCCAAAAUGAUCUUUCUCUGUAGCAUUCUGCAGCAAUGAUUGGUGCCCUUUAUGCAGUGAUGAUAAAGAAAGUGUAUGAUAUAAGCAGUUUUAAAGAGCAAUUUAUGCAUAAUAAAUUGGGAAUGAUAUAAAUUUCAUAGCAACAUA